AUGGGCGUGCCAGAGAGCAGUGACAUUCAGGCCACGGCCAAUGGACCCGUCAGCAGGGCUAGGAGCAUCGACGACAAGUACUCCGGAUCCGACGGUGACGUUACACCGGUCGAGAGCCAGUCAAAAGAUGACAUUGACCCGAAAGAAGAGCGUGCCUUCUUGUGGCGGCUCGACUUGUUCUUUCUCACAAUUGGCUUCCUCGGUUACAUGUUCAAGUACAUUGACCAAACAAACAUUAACAAUGCAUAUGUUUCUGGUAUGAAGGAAGACCUGAGCUUGUAUGGGAAUGAGCUCAAUUACUUCACCACAUUUUUCAACAUCGGAUACAUGAUCAUGUUGUAUCCAUCUUGCAUUGUUAUAUCCCACUUUGGCCCUUCGAAAUGGUUGCCCGCUUGCGAGCUUAUAUGGGGCGUUCUCACAUGUUGUUUGUCAGUUGUGACAAACCACAAGCAGGUCUAUGGCCUUCGGUUCCUUAUCGGACUGUUUGAAGGCACGGCAUGGCCUGGCUACUUCACAUUGAUCAGCCAAUGGUACAUGCCGCACGAGGUGGCGCUGCGCAUGAGUCUUUACAACAUUGCGCAGCCUGCUGGAGCCAUGUUGUCUGGCGCGAUGCAGGGAGCACUCUCGACCAAUUUCGAGGGCGUCGCUGGCAGGUCAGGUUGGCGCUGGGCUUUCAUCAUCAACGGUGCAUGCACUAUUGUUGUCGCAAUUGCUGCAUUCUUUAUUCUUCCUGGAUAUCCUGAACGCCCAAACCCCUUGUCAAAGUUCUACAUGAAGCCUCGACACAUUGAGAUUGCCCUUGCGCGUGGCCGCAGGGUUGGCCGUAAGCCUCAGAUUGGUAUCACGGUCAAGUCUUUCCUGCGGUGUUUUAGCUUCUGGCAGUUAUGGGCCAUUGCCAUUGCGUGGCCCAUUGGCGGUAACUUUACGCCGGCCAGUUACUUCAACUUGUGGCUGAAAUCUCUGAAGAAUCCUGACGGAACUGUCAAAUACUCCGUGGCUAUGCUCAACUACCUACCGAUUGCGGGCCAAGGCCUCCAGCUCGUUGCAGAGCUUUUGUUCAGUGGCUUCAGCGGCUACUUUGGGGUUCACCUGCCGUUUCUCUUGCUUCACUCGGCAAUCAACAUUACCUCGCAGAUUAUUCUGAUCGUCCGUCCCAAGAACGAAUCGGCGUACAUGGCGGGAUGGUACAUGAACUACAUGGGAGCUGUUUCAACGAUGCUUCUAUGCUCCUGGGGCUCUGCACAUCUUCAACACGAACCAGAAGUACGGACAGUGCUCUUCGCCAGCGGCACCGUCAUCGCGUACAUCAUGAGCGCCUUCAUUCCCAUUGCUGCCUUCCCUGCGUCCGAGGCGCCGAACUGGCGGAUCGGGUCCAAGCUCUACUUGGCUUUCGCGAUCGUGGCUACGUUCAUAUUCAUCGGAAUCCACUUUGCGUUCAAGUGGGAUGAAAAGAAGAAGGCCAAGGCAGCGAUCAAAGACAAUGUGUCGGGUGAGCCAGAUAAUGCGGACGCCGGGGUUAAGGCGGAAGAAAAUUCGGAUGAGAAACGCGGUUAA